UCGACGUUUAGAGAUGGUUUUUUAAAACAAUUUUUUUUUAUAAACAUUUAAAAUGCUAAUGGUAAAAAUGUGCAAAAAUUAUUAAAUAAAAUAAAGAUGGAUGUUUUGAUAAAAUGGGAAAGUAAAGAAACAUGCGAAUCAGUGAUUUGUCAGUUACUCAUCUCAAAAGCCGGGUCGGUUCAUAGUGAUCCUUUUUUAAACGCAGAAAAAAGUUCAGAUCAAGAAUUGCAUAAAUUUGACUUAAUCAAAACAUCAGAAAGACUUUUUAUGAGAAGUUUAUAUUUGCCUUUAGGCCUGUAUCACUUUAUAUUCCUAAUAGCCUCUUCAGACACGAUUAAAAUGGAUGUAAGCUACUAUCACAAUAUUACAGUUCUUGGUUCAGGAAGGUCGGUCAAUUAUAUUGACGUUGGAGCGGCAUCUCCGGUGUCAAGCACCAACUCAUUCUCAGAUUGUAUAAUUGCAAACGAUCCUGAUGAAAACACACCGUUAAUUGAACGUGAAGUUGCAUACGUAUCUCAAAAUGAAAGCUCGCUAUGUUGUUUUUGUUGUUGCCCAAAUAAAAAUACUUAGUUCCGGAAUACUUAGCUCCGGUAUACUUAGCUCCGAAAUGCUUUUAAUGCUAUAAAGUUUUUUUAUGCUUAUUAAGAUAAAAUUUAUAUUAAAAUAAAAAUAUAUAUUUUUAUAACGCAAUAACUUUAAUAUUCAAAUUUAAUUUUUAAAAACGGAACUGUACUCGAUACAUUUUUCCGUAUUUUUACUUUAUAUUAUUUU